AUGCCUAAUUGGCCUUCAUUUUCAGACAACAUUGAUGUGGAGUUUGGCAAUUUUUUUAAACUAUGCAAAGACCUCAAGUAUGAGCAACAGCACGCCGCAGCCUCGAUAAUCAUUUGCUUCCACAAUGAGGCCUGGUCAGUGCUUCUACGGUCCGUGCACUCGAUCCUCGAUCGUUCCCCGGAACAUCUGGUGAAGGAAAUAAUCCUUGUCGAUGAUGCCUCCACGAUGGGUAAGAAAAUCCUUCUAUUCUUCCUUGUUGAAGUGAAUUUGCAUUUUGGUGAGGAUUCCUUUCUAGGCUGA